GAAGGCAUCCAGGCCUCUGGUGUCCAAAUUCCUCGCCAUGAAGCUGGCAGCGCGGAGCUGGCCGGAGAUGAACAUCUGCAUCCUGGCCCAUGGAAUGGGCGGCACGGAGAAGGACUGGCAGACCUGGGUGGAGGUCCUCAGCAAGCUGUACCCGGACUGGAGCCUGCAUCCACUGCAAAAACUGGCGCCAGGGUGUCGGUUUAUGGGCAAGGACGUGAAGGAGCUCUCCUCUCUGGCGGCGGACGAGAUCCUGGAGAUUCUGGAGAAGCAUCGGAGCCAGGAGCAGCAUCUGGUGCUUCACUGCAUCGGCCACUCCAUGGGCGGCUUGAUCCUCCGGGGAGCUUUGCCCAAGGUCCUCGAAGCCAUCGACUCCAUGGAACUGGGGCAUUAUGUGUCCCUUUCUUCGCCGCACUUGGGCAUCCAAUCCACUUGGCUGCAGCCCUUCCAUGCUUGGCGGAACCUCUGCUGGCUGUCUUGGCCCAUCUCCAACCAGCUGCUUCACCUGGCGGUGCAGGAUUGUGCGAAGAGGCCCUUCUUGUUGCAGCUGAGCCAAGCGGAGGGCGAGUACAUGGCCACCCUGGGCCGCUUCCGGCACCGGACCUGCGUGAGCCUGGCCUACGGAGAUCCCCUGAUCCCGCCCGCCUCCGGGCUCAUCGAUCCUUUGGUCAUGCUGGACAGUCACAGCAUCCUCGACGAGUCUUUCUGGCAGCUCAACUUUGAUGAGUCCUUUGACUCCACCCACUCGGGCGACCAGCGCAAGGUGGCUUCCGGGUGGUUGCGCGUGCCGGUGGCGAUCCUCUCGGGUUUCAGUUUGCUUCUCAGCUUCCUCCUCCGUGUGCUCGUGGCGGUGACGUCGCUCUGCAGCUCGUGCUGCAGGAGCUCGGGUGGACGGCAGCUGGCGCCGGAUACGCCCAGCGCCACGCUGAAAGAUGGCCUCACUUGGGAGGCGUCGCAGGACCUCAAGUGCACGUAUCCACAAGAGCUCUAUGAGGGCCUCGUCUCCGUGCCCUGGCGGCGGGUGGUCGCCAGCGCCCACCACCGGCUCCUGCCCCGAAACCUGCAUGUCUUUCUGAUCGGCAAGCGGGAGGAGCAGUUUGAUGCCGAGCAUCGGAUGUCCCGAAGGUGCAUCGAGCUCCUGGCGCAGCUCACCUUCUCAGAAGCGCCGAGCAUCCGAAACUCUGACAGCAACUUUGCAAUUUGAGGAGGCGGGCGGGUGGAGAAAUGAGUCAGUGAGCGAGCGACACUUGACGUCAGAAUUUCUGAUGCGUUUCUUUCGGCGCAGGCACCAGCUUUUCACGCCGUGCGCUGGCGUCACAUCUGAACACCUUGGUCAAGUCGAGGCUAGUGACAGUUCGGAACGUCAGAUCAACCCGGAGGUGUCCUUCUUAUCGAAGGUGGAUAGUUUUC